AUGAAAUUAUUUGCCUUCGUGUUUGCAUCAGUCGUCUUGUCGUUUGUCUCUGGUAAUCCUACCUCAAUUCCAGACUAUAAGACUGUCGAUUUGGUCUGGAAGGGAGAAGUGGUUCCAGGAGGUGAAAUUUACACUUUCCAUGGGACUGUAGAGUCAAUCUAUGAGGAAAUCAUCGCCAUAAAUCCUAACUAUGCGCAAGAGAAAUUUGAGAAGAAGGAAGAUAACUAUGAUUCACAACACGAACUUCAAAAGAGAGACAAUAUUAUUUGUGACCCAGCCGGUGAUAUGGCUACUUACAGGGAUCUCAAAAGUGUUAUAAGUCGGCUGAAAGGGAUGGGUAACGCUCAAUGCACCGCUGCAGCCGGUCCGGCAGUUUGCACUCGCUUAGGUUGCAAUUACGGAUCUUAUGUGACAUUUUGUAACGAUAAUAGUAACUCGAUCACAAGAAACUGUGGUGAACUUGGGGAUAUGGCACAAAGAAUAGUAGACUCGUGUAUAGCUAGGAACUCUGCGGUGGUCAAGGGACAAUAUUUCAACUCUGCUUUUAAAUUCAAUGCUCUCGUCAAAGGUGGUGGUGCAUGUUGA